AUGAUUGCUGUAGGUUUAUUAUUAUUCACACUUGUUAGUAGCGUUGCUGGCAACUGUUUGAUUCGCGGAGGAUGUGGGGCUGGUUCCUGUUGUUCCGCAUAUGGUUAUUGUGGUUCAGGUUCCUAUUAUUGUGGUGGAGCUGUAGUAGUACAUCCAACUUAUGCUACCGCUGAUUGUCGUAUUCGAGGCUGUCCAGGUGGCGGUUGCUGCUCAAGUUACGGAUAUUGCGGUGCAUCCGCUGCGCACUGUGGUUAUGCUAUUGCACCUGUUCAAGUUGUUACUAACUGUCGAGCAACUGGUUGUCCAGCUGGUACAUGUUGUUCACAAUAUGGAUAUUGUGGAGCUUCAGGUGCUCAUUGCGGUACUGUAGCUUAUGGUAAUUGUGGUCAUUCAGCAUGUGGUGCUGGUCUCUGUUGUACACGAUUUGGAUAUUGUGGUGCAGUUGCUACCUAUUGUGCUAAGAAAAAAUCAUUGGAAGACACCAAACCAGCAUCGAUUGAUGGUGAAUUUCAAGGUCAAGCAACAUAUUACAAUGAAACAAGAGCUGGUUCAGAUUUUUCAACAUGUGGUAUUGAACGUAGCCGUUCAUUGAGCGAAGAAGAUCAAGUAGUUUAUACCGCUGCUCUCAAUCAAGUUCAAUUCGAUCCCUACACUGUUGAUGGUAUCCCAAGCAACAAUCCAAUUUGUCAAAAGAAAGCUAUCGUUAAAGGAUCACAAGGUGAAAUUAUUGUUCGAUUUGUUGAUCGAUGUGCUGAAUGUAAAGAAGGUGAUAUCGGUUUAACUGAAGAAGCAUUCCUUGCUGUAAAUGGUGAAAUUGGCAUUGGUGAAACAAAUGUUGAAUGGCAUUUUAUUUGA